AUGGAAGUUCCUUCGAUGGAAAUUUCAAACUCUGAACAUGACGCUGAACAACAAAGGGAGGAAAACAUUCAUGCAGUCGAAACUAAUGGUAGCCAGUUUCUCUUGGACCUGAACAAACUGCCAAAUCAAAUGGAGGAGGAACACAUUCAUGGACCCGAAACUAAUGGCAAACACCGUAGGUUCUUGAGUAAUGAAGACCGCAGAGCCAUCUCCAAUCUCCUAUUGCAGUAUAGUCGAGAUGGGAAACUAAUUAAAGGGGCUAAGAAGAAGGUUGCAUCAAUGUAUUCAGUAUCCAGUUCUGUCAUUAAACGUAUUUGGCAAAAAACAAAGGUUGGGGAUGGUGCAUGUCAUGAAAAAACAGGAAAUUGUGGUCGCAAGAGAGUUGAACUUCACACUGAUCAAUUUCUUCAAGUUCCUUUUGCUAAGAGAACCACCUUGCGAGAUUUGUCCUGUGCACUGAAUAUAAAUAAAACCUCUUUAGUUAGACUUCAAAAGAAGGGAGUUAUCCAAUGUCGCUCUAAUGCCAUUAAGCCAUAUUUGAGGGAAGAGAAUAAGAUUGCUCGACUAAAGUUUUGUUUGUCCAUGAUUGAAAAUGGUUCAGUGCCAGGAGAUCUAACUUUUAAAAGCAUGUAUAAUGUAGUUCACAUUGAUGAGAAAUGGUUCUAUAUGACAAAAAAGACUGUGAACUAUUACAUGCUAUCAAUAGAAAAUGAUCCAUUGCGUACUGUGCAAAACAAAAACUUUAUUGGAAAGGUGAUGUUCUUGGUUGCUGUUGCCCGCCCAAGGUUUGACUGCAAAGGCAAUGAAACUUUCUCCGGGAAAAUUGGAGUCUUUUCUUUAGUGACAAAAGAGCCAGCAAAGAGAAAGAGUGUCAAUAGACUUGCAGGUUCAUUGAUAACAAAGCCUAUAACUUCAGUUACCAAAGAAGUUAGUAGACAGUUUCUUAUUGGACAUGUUGUGCCCGCUAUAAAAGCAAAGUGGCCUAGAGAUUCAAUAGGGGAACCGAUUUAUAUUCAACAGGAUAAUGCAAGGUGUCACAUUGAUCCAAAUGAUAUUGAGUUCCAUCGAGUUGCCACAGAAGAUGGGUUUUGCAUCCGCUUGAUGAACCAACCUCCUAAUUCUCCUGACUUGAAUAUUCUAGAUCUUGGCUUCUUUAAUGGCAUACAAUCUUUACAGUACAAGGAAACACCAAAAACAACUGAUGAUUUGAUUGCGGCACUGUGGCAAUAUUGGAUGAUUCAAUGGCAACCUGGUCUUUGGCUUCAACUACCGACUGGUGCAAAACAAGAACUCACCGGUCACCACCUUGUUGAGAUUGAAGAAUGGGGUUUCAUUUUUUAUGUUUCUAAAAACUUGAAGAUUUAUUCUGUGUUGUUUGAUGGAUAUUCUAGAGUGAUUGACAAAUGCAUAAGAUAUAGGAAGUUCAGAAUUGCUUAG